AUGGCCCUCCCCGAGUCCCUAAAGGUUUACGGGACUGUCUUCCACAUGAACCAGGGAAACCCAUUCAAGCUUAAGGCCCUGGUGGACUCAUGGCCUGAUUUUAAUACUGUAGUUAUUCGUCCUCAGGAGCAGGAAAUGACUGACGACCUCGAUCACUACACCAACACUUACCUAAUCUACUCCAAGGAUCCUGACCAAAGCCAGGAAUUCCUGGGCUCCCCCGCAGUCAUCAACUGGAAACAGCAUCUGCAGAUUCAAAGUUCACAGUCCAGCCUGCAUCAGGUGAUAGAGAACCUUGUAUCCAUUAAUCGUGGCCAGGUCAAGCACACACAAUGCAAUCUCUAUAUGACAAUGGACACUGCAGAGAAACUGAUUCCUCUCCUGGUGGACACAAAGAACUUCUCAUCCAGUGCCAACAAACCCAAGUCCCUCAACCAAGAGAUGUUUAAGCGCUCAUCCCUGGACGUUGCCCAUGCUGCUCUGGUGAACCAACUGUGGUAUUUUGGUGGCACUGAGAGAAGCCGGAGAUUCAUUGAGCGCUGUAUCCGGACCUUUCCCAGCUUCUGUCUGCUGGGGCCUGAGGGGACCCCCGUGUCUUGGUCCCUGAUGGACCACACUGGAGAGCUGCGAAUGGGAGCUACUGUGCCUGAGUACCGGGGCCAGGCUCUCAUUUAUCAUACUGCCCUCUACCAGAUCCAGACUCUGAGCAAACGUGGCUUCCCAUUGUAUGGGCACGUGGACAGGGCCAACUACACCAUGCAAAAGUCAAGCAUCAAGCUGCAUUAUGUCCCUAUGCCUUGUGAGUGGAACCAGUGGAACUGUGUGCCUGUGUGACACUGGCCCUGAGCACGGGAUGCUGAGAGUGGGCUGUGCAUAUAUCUGGAGCUGUGGAUGGGGAAGCUGAGAAAAAGAAUCAAGUGUAAUGUGGAGUAGACUGUGAGCUCGGGGAACAGGGGUCAGUGACAAACAGCUCACCCUGAAUCCUUGUCAUCAAACCACUCACAGGCUGUCCUUCAUUUCCUUGGGCUGAAGUGGCCGGACACACCCGCUCCCUGUGUGGUACCCCUCCCUCCGUUCAGGUCGCUUAUAUUCUGCUUUAAUUGGCUGCAUGGUUUCUCCUUUGCUCCCCUGGAUCACUGACGCUUCUUCACUUGGCAGGACGUGGAUUCUAUGAUUUUUUUCCCCUUUGGCCUCGUUGGCUUUUUUUUUUUCUUUUAUUGCCUGAAGAGUUGUCUCUCCUGUGUAUUCUUUCCCAGAUAGCUUCCUACAUCUUCCAUGAAAACAUUGUAAAAUAUAUUACAUGCAUAUAUGAAUAUAAAUAAUAUAUGUGAAGCAAUAAUAAUUAUUCAGAAACAAAGCAGUCAAUAAUACUUUUCCAACUUGUACUAAUGUAUUUUGCAAAGAGCUGUCUUUUGCAACUCAUACCCUGAAAAAGGAUUCCAGCAUUGUUUCUAAAGACUGAGUUUUAUUAAUCCCCUCCAGAUUCCUCUCACAGUGCAGAAAUUCUUUGUGGAACCUUAGCAGGAACAUUCAGACCUAAUGUAGUGGUGUGUAUGAUCUGGGACAGGGGCUGAGAAGAUCGGUGCUCAAAGGAGGAAAGAAGGAAAGGCAAUGUCCCUGAGAUAAGGUUUGGGACCAUCACAGCCCAGUUCCUCAACGAGUAAGAGAAAUAGGUGAGAGGCUUGUCCUUGAACACUGGGUAGUACAUAAUCUGCAGACCUGCCCUGAUGUCACAAAUAGAAGAGGAACUUGUGAUAGAGAAGAAGGGAGAAGAGAAUCUCUUCAUACUGAGACAAAGAGGCCACAUGAUACAUGGCAGAGAGAGAAAGAGACAGAGCACUAAUCCAGUUAAAGAGAAAUCUUGAGUUAGUAGGGAAGAGGAAUAUUGAUUUUGUCUUACCAAAUGAAGCUAUCGCAAAGCAGUGAUGAUAAUAACAUGUAAAACAACCUGUGAUAGAGAUUGGCCCAUUCAAUCUUGAAACAAACUCAACAGCCUGAGGUAGACUGUUAUAUGGCUUUAGGUCAUCAUUCAGAAUUUAUUCAAGACUUCCAUAAGAAUUUGCCACGAAUAAUAAGAAUAUUUUCUUUCCAGUCUUGGCUAAAGAGCCCUCAAGAUGAUGGACCUAUAGAGCUCCAUUCUGUUCUUUUAAAUAGAUUCAUCUUUAUGUUUUUAAGAAAAAUUUUUAGCACCUGUGAAAUUGUACACCAUGAUGGGUUUCAUUAUGACAUUUUCAUGUAGGUAUUUAAUAUACUUUGAUAAUAUCCACCCUCCCUAAAGCCCUUUCUUAUUCACCCUCUUUCCUCCCAGUUCUUUCCCUUCCCUAAUGUCAUCCUUCUAAUUUCAUGCCAUCUUUCCUUCUUCCAUUCCACAUAUUACAGGAAACUCAUGAUA